UUGCAUUUCAACAUGCUGCCUUUGCUCAUCUUUGCAGUUGGCAUUCUCAGCGCUCGAGCUGAGUGCAAUUCUUGCUCACCAGACACGAAUACAGCCUGCAUUUCAGACACAAAGUUUCAGUUUUGUGCGGACAAUCGUCCUGCUGGACCCAUCGGCUCCUGUCCCGUGGGAUUCUAUUGCACGAGUGAACUGAGUAUUUGCCAGCCGAGUUCCUCGCUCAAGGCCUGUCGAGAUUGUGGACGUUGCAGUCUUGUCCGUCUUUUUGCCUGCCUUGGACCUAGCACUUAUUCCUUGUGCUUGGGAACUAGUAGUCCCAGCAAUGUCACAAGCAGUUGUAGUCCUGGGUAUGUGUGCAACAUCAACCUUGUGAAUAUCUGUGGUAAAUCAAGUACAACAAAUGCAACAUGUCUGGAGGAUAUUGACACAACUACUAGAGCACCGACUACAGAGACUACGGAGGCUACGGAGACUACGGAGAGCAGCACUAACUUCGAUAGAUUUUGGCUUCCAUGAUCUUCAUGUGAAACCCAAGGAAGACAUUUAGUGUACAAGUAAUUCAUAAAAUUAUUCGGAAUAUUCAAUAAGCAAACAUGUUUUAACUUCUUUAAAAGUUCGCAUAAAGAGUGAUCCAAUUAUA